UGUCAAUGGCGGAUAAUGGCGGACUGAGAGAGAAAGCUCAUGUUGUGUUGUCGUAUUUAAAUUGGGAUAUUUCAACAUGGACGUUGAUAGAAAUGAGGAAAUUGGUUCACUUUUAUCUAGAUUGACAAACUGUUCUCAAGAAGAAGCUUUGAAUAUAAUUCUUGAGCUUGAUAUUCUCGCUGGAACCAAUGCAGCGGAUUUUAAACAGGAAUUUGUUCGUAACGAGUUUGGCAGAUUAUUAGCUCUCUUAUAUACACUAAAGGGAAAAGCAAAGGACCAUGGAUUUAGGUUGGCAAGUAAAGUAUUUCAUAUUCUAGGCCCAACAGAAAUCAUUGCCAAAAAUCUACAUACUGUGACAGAGAUGCUAGCUGAAGGCGACGAAGAGCUCAAACUUUUUUAUUUGAAACAGUUGGCUAUAUCAUCAGCAACUUUGGAAGGGGCAAGUUUCAUGUUGAAAAAUAUUCAAGAAGCGGGAAACUCAGUUCUUGAAGCUGUGGUAAGAAACAUUGGACACGAGUUGCUUAGUGUAGCGAAAAAUGCAUCCAUCGUUGUGUACAAUGUUUUGAAGUUCCCACAUGGAAUUUCGUAUUUCCUCACAGAUAAUGGAAUAGAACUGUUCACUGGGCUUCUUUCGAAAAGUGCUUUGGUGCGUUUUAGAGUUUACCAGUUGUUUGCUGACCUCUUGGUGGAAGAUUCUGAGUUGAUUAGAAAUAAGCAAGUCCAGCAGAUUCUUAAUAAGUUGAUCCUGGAAUUGCAAAAUGAUGACAUAUUAACCCAGGUUAAUUGCCUGGAAAUGCUAAGCACUAUUGCCACAUCAUCCUCAAACUGUUUGGAUUUUCUAGCCAAAAGUGGAACACUGCAUCAACUAAACACAGUUUUCAAGGAUGUUGAGGUUGACCCAUUAAAGCAGAUUCUUCUCCCAGGGACGAUAACAUUUUUUGGAAAAACUGCAACAAAGAUGCCUGAAGAAAUUUUAUUACACUACCCAGAAUUUGUUAACUUCGUUUUUAAAUGCUGCAAUGAAGGUGAUGCAAUAUUGAAAGUUCUUUGCUUCGAAACAAUUUUUGCCAUUUGUAGCACAGAAGAUGGCCUAAAAAUCCUAUAUCAAAAUCCAGAAAGGCUGAACCAUGCAAUGACCAUUCUUGGCAGGGAUGUUAUAUCUUCAAUGGAUGAGGCACUAAAGGUUAGACUGAUUGAUGCAUUAGCUCAUCUGUUCGCAAUAUCAGAGGCCAACUGCAGUGAAGAGUCAUUUCAAAUCAGAGAAACACUUUAUCAGCAUAUUAAUAAGCAACCAAUCAAUACCUUUAUGACUUGUGCCAGGCUGCCAUUUCAAAAUAUCAGAUUAAGUUCCCUUGGUGCAUUAGCUAAUAUUGCAGCCUUUUCUUGGUCGGAGCAAGAUAUGGCAUUGACUCCAGGCUUUUUGGAGUAUAUGCUUGAUCGCCGUACAGAGCAUGAUAAAGAGGGAAAGGAGCUCAAGUAUCAAAUACUAAAGACUAUUUCACAGUCAAUAACAGCUAAAGAAAAUAUUGGCAUGGAUUAUUAUGAGCGAAUCUGUAAAUAUGUGGCAGAAGGACCUUUUUACUCAGAACAGCAAAUAGCAGUUGAUUUUGAAAAGUUGUAGGUGCUCAGAGUCUUAAAGCAUGUCACUUUCAUAUACUUCUGAUAUUUAGUUGUGGUUUAUGUGCAAUCCCAACUCUUGAUACUUAAAUGUUGUUGUGAUUGCAAUCCCCAAUCUUUCUAUGUUGGCUUGUGAUCUUAAACCGCUGGGCUUAGUAAUAAAAAGAGAUUUCAAAAUUUUUGCAAAUAAUAGUCUAUCUUCUUAGAUAUCAAAUUAUCUUGCGUAUUCCUUUCUUUUUUUCUGAAUUUUCUGGCUUUUCUGACAAAAUAUACUAUAAACGGCAAAAUAUAUACAUUUAUUAAUUGCAGAGCUACGCCAUGUAAACACAGAUUUUGAUGAAUUUUAAUCUGUCAAUCA